GGAGAAUGAACGAGUGAAGUUCAAACCACAGAUAAGAAAUGAAGAUACGUUCCCAGAUUUUAAAGUACAUGCAUUUGGAUAGAACUUAUUGUCUGCUAACCGGCAGGAAUGUCCGCAUAAUUUUAGAAUUGUUUCGCCUGAUUGAUGUUCAUCGUGAAAUGGCUCUCAAUGAUCUGCAGUUCUGUGCAUUUAUGAAGACAGCCACUGACUUGAGCACAAAUCAAAUCUACAAAGUGUUUGACAUGUUAGAUGUAGAUGGGUCUGGUUCAAUGGACUUUGACGAAUUCUACCUUCUUAUUUGUAUUCUUAUCGCGGUUCAAGAUAACGUGGAGAAGAACUUCAUUUUCCGCCAUUCAAGGACCGUAUUCGACCUCUUAGAUGAAGAUAACAGCGGAAAUAUCUCUGCCUAUGAGUUCGAAACGUUUGGAUUUCUGUUCAACUUACAAGGCGAAGCUAUUCAAACUAUAUUCAGGGAAUUUGAUGUUUCUGGAGACCAGGAACUCGGCUACUCGGAAUUUAAAAUGUUUGCCAUGGCCUGCAUUGACCGACAGUCAGAGAUUGAAUCCAGCAAAAACACAAAAUCAAAUAUCCUGAUUAAGUCAGUAGGAAGAAUUUGUAGUUCAUGUGCUGUGAUGUAAUUAAAUUUUCAUAU